AUGGACUCUGACAGUGCCACAGAUGAGAGCAUACUAGAUGAGGAGAGCGGUGCACAUCCGCCCGCCUACGACGCCGUAGAGAAGGCUGACAAUGCCAAGACUGUACAUGACACUACCGAUAUAUCGCACCUGAAAGGCACAGGCAGCAGUAUAGUUGAAUAUCUACAUAGCAUGAUAACGAAAUCUGAAAGGCCUUAUGCAAGAUUCAAGGCUGCGACUGCUACUUUCGCGUUCGGUCCAGAUUACUUUUACUACUUCUCCUGCUGGACUCAUUCUCUCUAUUCUGCUCCUACUGGUCUGAAAGAUGCAGACAUUGCCAUUCCUUUGGCUCUAUCUUUUGGCCGAAACCGUCGCUACUUCAUCGCCGGAUUAGACUACAGCGGCUCGCCAUCAUGGUCGUAUGCUGACGGCACAUACUCGGUCAAAACGCACAAAGCGAAACAGUCCGAGUCGCAAAUGAAGUGGUCAGAAUGGACAUCAACCCUCCCGCUCACCAUGGACGCCAUAGGUCAUCAAACAGUGGUUACAUUCGGCGAGAAGGACUCCUACUAUGCAACAUCAUCCCAUAGCACCAUCUCGCAUGGUCUUCCAUAUCAAAUCGAAAAGCUCCUCGAUGCCCGGUCUAGACUACAGGGACAACGACCUAGACAGGUUGCUCUUGGCGUAAAAGGGUCAUAUGUCAUCCUAUGGCCGGACGACGAUAUAGACUACGACCUGAAGGGUCUCUAUCCAGUCGUGCGAGCGACGAUUGAAUCGAAGCAUGGCAUUGCAUAUAUUGCCCUAAGCGCGUUCCAUGCGCAAGGCUGGUAUAUAGAACGUGCUGAUGGACCCAUCGCCUUCAAUCUCCCUAAGCGGACAGACACAACACUCACACACCUCACCAACUUCACUUGUGCAAUGAUGCAGCAACGUGCGACGCGGAACAGCGCGCGGUAG